GCAAAAGAACCUCACCUUGAUAGACAUGUCACGUAAAGAAUAACAGUGUAAUAUUUCUUGUUUGCGGUAUAAAAUUAAAUAUUAUAUAUACAUAAAAAUACAUAUGUACCUUCAAAUACAUACUUAUGAAAUAUAUACAUACGUAUGUACAGAUGUAAAUAAAAAAUUAAAAUUACAAUAAUUAUAAACACAGUAAAAGUGUACAUAAUUAUGUGUCUUUGAGAAAAAAAAAGGUCGUUUCUCUAAGAGAAUAAAUAUUUUAUUUAUAAAAAAUUUUUAGAAUAAAUUCUUUAAAAACAAAAAAUUGCAACUGUAACCGGGAUUAAUAUAAUAUGUAUAUUGGUCGCCUAUUUCAGAACAUAUACAAAUAGUUCAUAUGAAAUGUUAAAUAUUAUCGAUAAUAAAUUUAAUGUAUAAUUAAUCAAAAUUCAACCUAGAAAGUGCUAAAAAGUGUUAAUUGUUCCAAUUUUUAUAUUUUAUGUGUAAUUUGUUAUCAUAAUUUUACAUUUAACCAAAAGAAAUCUAGUUUUUGUGCAUUAUGUCUGUUUGGACUAUAUCUAAAUCAAAUAUUCCCGUUCAAUCACAUCAAAAUUUGAAUUUAAAUGAUACAGCAGCUUUUUGUACACUUAAUCCUUACACAGCUGAUAACAGUCAAGUAAAUCUAAAAGAUUUCAUAAAUCAUACUUCUUCAAGCAAUCAAAGCUUACUCAAUUUAAAUAACUCUGGAGGUGGAAAUAAAAAGUGGAAAAAAUCUGGAAGUAGUAUGUCACAAUCAGGGGAGGAUUUACAUUCACCAAGCUAUUUAUCCUGGCGUAAAUUGCAACUAAGUAGAGCUAAAUUAAAGGCAUCGAGUAAAACAUCAGCCUUGCUUUCCGGAUUUGCAAUGGUUGCUAUGGUUGAAGUUCAAUUGAACAAUGACACGCAGGUCCCCACCGGAAUGCUUGUUGCAUUUGCUGUUUGUACAACAUUAUUAGUAGCUGUACAUAUGUUGGCUCUAAUGAUAUCAACUUGUAUUUUGCCAAACAUAGAAACUGUAUGUAAUUUACAUAGUAUAUCACUAGUUUAUGAAUCUCCACACGAACGAUUACAUUGGUAUAUUGAAACAGCUUGGGCAUUUUCAACUUUACUUGGACUUAUUCUCUUUUUAUUAGAAAUAGCCAUUCUUUGUUGGGUUAAAUUCUACGAUUUAAGUCAAGUUGCGGCAUGGUCAGCUUGUAUCGUACUUAUUCCAGUUUUAAUUAUAUUUUUAGCAUUUGCAAUUCAUUUUUAUAGAUCAUUAGUAACACAUAAAUAUGAAGUUACUAAAUCGCAAUUUCAAGAAUUAGAAAUGUUAAAGGAACAAAUGGAACAAGAUCACACCCAACAGCAUCGAAAUAAUGGGAUAAACUAUGGUUCGAAUACAGAAAUAGUAUAAAAAUAAUUAUUAAAGAAUUACUAAAACAGGGUUCUUAGCAGUUUUUAAACCUUAAAUUAAGGAUAAUCAAAAAUAAUUAAAGUAUUUGACCAAAAAAUCCCGGAAGUCAUACUGAAAAUUUUGAAAUAUUUUUGUGAAUAUUGUGUAAAUAUUGGUUAGUUAAUUUUAUAUAGGUAUAAUAUGUACUUCCUUAAAAUUUUUUUAAUGAUCGAUUACAAUUUUAUUUUUGAAAGAAAUUCGUUUUUGUAAACAUACAUACAUACAUACAUAUUAGUAUCCGAAACUAAAAAAUACAAAAUCAAAAACCAAAUCAUAGAACAAAUUUGA